GUCUCUCAUGUGCUUUGACUGUGUGCCAAAGAUAUGACCGCACACAAUCGUGUCUGGGAUGUAAAACUUGUUUGUGCUUUUUUCGACAUGCUCAUUUAGACAUAACACUGUUUCUCUUUUACGUGGAGGAAUUCUCCUUUUUCAAUAUGAAGAGGACUAGAUUCAUUUUGGGAAACCUUGACUUUACUGAACUUACUGUGCUGGUUUUUCUGAUUGUGGACCUGACAAGCUUAGAUGCCGUCACGUUUAAUGUAAAGAAUACACAGAUUGACCCUAUUGUCAUGGAUGAGCAGAUCCUCUGGAUUGGAGGUGGGGCGGGUGCGGUACACACAUACAGGAUUCCUCUACUCACAUCCACUCCUUUGGGAAGUCUACUGGCUUUUGCAGAAGCCCGGAAGACAUCUUCCACAGAUAUGACGGCCAAGUUUAUAGCUGUACGCCGCUCUACAGACAAAGGAGCAACCUGGUCACCAACAUCUUUCAUAGCUGACGACGGCUCACAGACCGACGGGGUGAAUCUGGGUUCAGUUGUAGUGGAUGAAGAGACUGGAGCAGUGAUACUCAUUUACUCUCUGUGCUUUUACCGCUAUCACUGCAGCCCUCCUCAGACCAUGAUGACUGAAAGCCUGGAUGAUGGCCUGACCUGGAGCGCCCCACGAAACCUCAAUCCACAACUGGGGAUCCACAGUUUUAUCCCUGGUCCGGGCUUUGGAAUACAGAAGCGUCAUCCCCCUGCUGUUGGUCGUCUCGUGGUGUGUGGUCAUGGUACUUUAGCUGGUGAUGGGGUCUUCUGCAUCCUCAGCGAUGAUCAUGGACGUACGUGGAGAAAUGGAGCUGCGCUAAAGAGCAUCCCUUACAACCAGAAUAAGCUAAAUCUAGAUUUCAACCCAGAUGAAUGUCAGCCCGUUGAACUAGACGAUGGAUCUAUAUACAUCAGCGUGCGUAACCAGAACCACUAUCACUGCCGCUGUCGCAUGGUUGUGCGCAGUCUGGACGGAGGCGAAUCUCUGCCUGUGGAGGAGCUGGUGUUUGAUACCACACUGGUGGAUUCUGCGGUUGCAGCUGGAGCUUUACAGAAAGAGGGAGUGCUGUACUUUACCAAUCCUGCCAAUACACAUAGUAGAGUUAACCUCACCCUUCGCUGGUCUCUGGAUUAUGGAAAAUCAUGGAUGAACAAUACUUUUAAGAUUUGGGAAGGGCCAAGUGGAUACUCCUGUAUAGCAUCACUUAAAGGCAAUGAAACUGAGGAUCACAUCUAUGUUAUUUAUGAAAAAGGCCAGAAAGACUAUGCUGAGACCGUCUCUUUUUUGAAAAUCCAUCUGCACCGUGGACUGUAAAUGAUACAGUUCUUAUGGUGGAAAUUAUAAACUGUAUUCUUGUGCUGUUCACAAUUAUAUGUAUGCCAGUAUAGUAUAUAGUGUUUUUUACUGACUUGAAUUAUGACUGUUGAUAAUGAUAUAAUACAUUAUGAUGAGUAAAUAUUUUUUUAAAUGACUUUUUUAAAUCUAUAAGAUGUUUUCUUUCUAUGGGUUGCAGAUUUCAACAAUUAAGUUAUAAUUACGUUUUAGUGACUUUAAUUUCAAUAAAGCUGUUUUUUAAUGAACAGAUAAUAAUGUUAUCUUAAAUUGUGUCAAAAAACUGUAAAACAUAAACUGUAACUGACUGUCAUAUAACACUCUGAACGACCGCAUCAGAUGCCAUUUAUCAUUGUUGAUUGGCCGAGGUGCUGCACGCCAAGUUGACUGGUAUGGAUUAUGGUAGAAUAAACAAGUUUGAUAUCUCCCUAAUUAAAGUAUUUCUGAUCAAUCUUACUAUAAAUCUGUAUUGGGGGUCUGGAAUUUUUUUAAUAUAGUCUUUUAUGCCCAGAUGGGGAAAUCUGUUUGAUAUACACAUACAUUAAAACUGUUUUGACAUUUUUUUCUUUAUUCUUUGAAAUGUAUUACACUCUAAAAACUAUUUGUUGAGUGAAGAACCAUUACUUAUUAAAAGGACAUUAAACUUUUUUUUGAAAAUAUUCAUUUCACACUC